GAUGGAAGUUAAUAAGCCUUUCAUUAUUACAAAGCGAUAAGGUGAUUCUUUAUUACCUCCUGAUUGUGAAGAAUUUAAUGAAGCUAUAGAGGAUAAAAUAAGGUUUUUGUAAAGUUCAAAUAUAUUCAUAAUUGUAAGUUAACUAUCCAUAAUCGUUAGUGUGCAUUUAUAUAUUAAUGCAUAAGAUUUCUAUAUUAUUUCAUACAUUAUCGAACUACAUGUUACACAUAUGCAAUAUUGUGUUUAGUUAUAGUAGGUGGAAACAUUUUUUGGAUUGCAAGUUCAACCUAUGGAUUUCUUGGUAUUAAUUCAAGGUCUUCUUCAGAAAUUGGAAAAUAUCUGUGUUUGACAUCAACUGUUCUAGCGACUCGAUUAAUUACAUACUUUUUAGUUUGGGCAUUAAUGCAAGGAUAUGCUUAACAAUACAAUAUUUUAUCUAAAACUAGAUUAUUAUAGGAAAAUACAACAUAAUAACCAACUUCAACAGAUAUAACUGAAGAUUAAAAGUAAGAAAUCAUUUGUGGAUAAUUGUAUCAAGGAACUUUAAUGAUGGUUUAAGCUAUAAUUGAAACUAUCUUUUUAGGUGUUAUUAUCUACUUUGUUGUUUAAGUUAAAAAGUAUAUUACAAGUAUAUUUAAUAUUCAUAACUUUAGAUUAUGAAAGUAAUUAAAAAAAGAAAUAAAGGAAAUGGAAUCUAUAAGCUUCCAUCGUUUGA